AUGGCCGCCGCCGUGCUGGCGGCGGCGCUGGGUGGGGGGCUUUUCCUCGUCGCCUGGCGCUGGCUGCGGGGGGCCCGGGGCAGCGCGGCCGCGGCUGGAGCCAAGGCCGCCGCCUCCAUGCGGGGCAAGACGGUGAUCAUCACGGGGGCCAACAGCGGGCUGGGCCGGGCGGCGGCGGCCGAGCUGCUGCGGAUGCAGGCCCGCGUGAUCAUGGGCUGCCGCGACCGGGCGCGGGCGGAGCGGGCGGCCCGCGAGAUCCGCGCCGAGGUGGGCGAGCGGGCGCCGGCCGAGGGCGGCGGCGAGCUGGUGGUCCGCGAGCUGGACCUCGCCUCGCUGCGCUCCGUGCGCGCCUUCUGCCACCGCGUCCUCCAGGAAGAGCCAAGGCUGGAUGUUCUGAUUAAUAAUGCAGGGAUAUUCCAGUGUCCAUAUAUGAAGACAGAGGAUGGUUUCGAGAUGCAAUUUGGUGUAAACCACUUGGGUCACUUCUUGCUCACCAACCUUCUUCUGGGCCUCCUCAAAAAUUCUGCUCCAAGCAGGGUUGUGGUAGUAUCCUCAAAGCUUUACAAAUAUGGAGAAAUCAACUUUGAAGACUUGAACAGUGAGAUAAGUUACAAUAAAAGCUUUUGUUACAGUCGGAGUAAAUUGGCUAACAUAUUAUUUGCAAGGGAGCUGGCCCGUCGAUUAGAAGGGACAGGAGUCACUGUCAAUUCACUUCAUCCUGGGAUUGUCAGAACAAAUCUAGGCAGGUAUGUGAAUAUUCCUUUCCUGGCAAAACCCCUAUUCAAUUUGGUGUCAUGGGCUUUCUUCAAAACACCUCUGGAAGGAGCCCAGACUUCUAUUUAUUUGGCCUCGUCUCCUGAUGUAGAAGGUGUCUCAGGGAAAUAUUUUGGGGACUGCAAAGAGGAGGAACUCCUGCCCAAAGCCAUGGAUGACUUGGUUGCAAGGAAGUUAUGGGAUAUCAGUGAAGUGAUGGUUGGACUUCUGAAAUAAGUGCCAGAGACUAUCUGCUAAAAAGAAUGCAGAUAACUAUGCAAUACAUAUUUACAACAGUGUAAUCCUCACCUUAAAUGGUAUGGGAAUACAUACUACUUUGCUCCUAGGUGUUAGAUAGAGGAGUGAUUUAUGCUGGAAUUUAGUUUGGAAAUAAACAGUAAUCUGUAUUUAAUAGAGAAGCAUUAAAAAAAAAUUCAGUUUUAGGGUGUGAGUAUAAUUUCUGAUUAAAUCUCUUUGGAAACCUGUGUUCUAUAAAUAAAAAUCAAACACAACUGUGUUAUGCAAUAUAUAUGCUUAUUUGUCAUGUUCCACUGCUUGUGGUCAAGUUGGACAAUGCAGGGUAUUGAUGGUGAAACACUUCUCCUGUAUAAAGGCUAUGAAAAUUGAUCCUAAUAUUAAUAAUAGGAUUGUUGUCUUUUUGAGCCAUCAUGAUGACAAAUGGAGUAAACAGUUUUACUGGUGUCUUACACUGUAAUCCUUUAGGCCUGUGAGUGCUAGUGAAAGAUUUGUCAUCAGUGAUAUAUAGUUCAGUGAACAAGAGCUCUUGAGCCAUAUAUAGCUCAGCUGUGAAGCACAAGUCAACUUUGUGAAUAAUGUCAUUGCCAUUCAAUGAGCAGAUAUACAUGGUGCAAGCAGAUUUUUUUCAUGUGUGCUAAACUUGCUGUUUCUUGAUAUGCACAGACACCUUCAUUUCUUUGAAAACUUAGUUGACCAAUGUCUUAUGGUCUCAGAAGCACUUUGUGUGCCAUGAGUUGUAUCUGUGCAAAGUUUACAAAAAGAUCUCAACCCUGACUAGACUGAAAAAAUAGGCUUUUCAAUAUGUGUUUGGUUUGACUGAUGGCACUUUAACUCAGUAAUAAGAUGAAAUAAGUCUGUCUAAUAAAGCUUAAUAACACUCUUAAAUAAUAAAGAAAUAUUAAAAAAAAA